GUGACCCGGGCGGAGGGGCCGAGACGUAGCCAAGGCGUGGGAUUCCGCGCGUGCGCUCGGCUCCGCCUGGUGCGGCUGCGGCCGGGAGGCGACUGGACUAUGUCGGCCCCGUUUGAGGAGCGGAGUGGGGUGGUACCGUGCGGGACCCCGUGGGGCCAGUGGUACCAGACCCUGGAGGAGGUGUUCAUUGAAGUUCAGGUGCCGCCAGGCACGCGCGCCCAGGAUAUCCAGUGCGGCCUCCAGAGCCGGCAUGUGGCGCUGUCGGUGGGCGGCCGCGAGAUCCUCAAGGGCAAACUCUUUGAUUCUACAAUAGCUGAUGAAGGAACAUGGACUUUGGAGGAUAGAAAAAUGGUUCGUAUUGUUCUUACAAAGACAAAGAGAGAUGCAGCAAAUUGUUGGACUUCUCUACUAGAAUCUGAAUAUGCAGCGGAUCCUUGGGUGCAAGACCAAAUGCAGAGAAAGCUUACAUUAGAGAGAUUCCAAAAAGAAAAUCCUGGUUUUGACUUCAGUGGAGCAGAAAUCUCAGGAAACUACACUAAAGGUGGACCAGAUUUCUCAAACCUUGAGAAAUAACUGCUUUUUUUCCUGCAUUCUGUGGAUCCUAGCAGAUAUUGCCAACUUAAUCAGAUAAACAGAUUAUGUAAUGGAAGAAAAAUGUGGAAGCCUACAGUUAGCAGAUUGCAAAAUGUAUUUUAAAAUGGUUCUAAGAAUUGCAUUCAUACAUAAUUUACAUAGGAAAUGUACUGUGGGAACUAUUCUAUGGAUAUAUGGUAAAGUUGUUUUGGACUUGUUUUGCUCAGCAUGAAGUUUUAUAUGCUGCAUUUUACUAAUUCCAUAUUUAACCAUAUUUUUAAUAGAAAAGAACAUUAGAGUAUAGAUCAUGUGAAAUGAAGGGUGCCUUUGGGGAAAAUUAACUUUUUCUUUUGAUAAGUAUGAUAUUCAAUAAAGUUUUCUAAAUAGGAA